AUGGGACGUAAAACUGGAAACACAUGGGAUGAAAAGGGCCGCAUUAACAUUGUUUAUAUAUUUAUACAUCAUGCUGAAGAAAUUGAUUCAAUUCAAUUCCUAUAUGCAGAAGAUGGAGAACUGGUGCUGUCCGAUUCGUAUGGUAACAAACGCGGAAAAAAUUUUGAUUUCGUGAAACUUGAUUACCCAGCAGAGUAUAUAACUUCGAUUAGAGGUCGCCUUCACUGCCACGACAAUAGUUUACGUUCGAUUACAUUUGAAACAAAUCAUGGUGAGUACGGCCCGUUUGGUAAGUCGUAUAGCAGCCACAAGGAGUUUGCUCUUCGGUUAGGUGACGGCGGCCAUUUUGGUGGAUUUCACGGCACGGCGGAUUCAAGGAGGCUCAAGUCCAUCGGAGUGUAUUUUGAGCCAAUCACUUCAUAUAAUUUGGUGGACAAUAAUUCCGUCAAGAUGGAGACGAAUGACGAGAAAUUUGACGAAUGUUGA